AUGCCAACAAAAAGGCCUUGUCUAUGUGGAAAAAUAUUAAGAAACCAAACUAAAAAUAGUGUUGAACAAUUAGAAAAACAGCAACAAAAUUCAAACAGUAAUCAAGAGCCAACAAUAGUACUUUCUGAUACCUCUGUUAAUAAUAAUCAAACUGAAGCAAUUGAUUUAGCUUCAUCUACUACUAAUUUUACUCAAACUACUUCUAAUAUUCUUCUUCAAGAAAAUACUGAAAUGAUAAGCGAGUUGAAUACAGAUUCUUCAAGUGAAAUUUUAACUACUGAGCAAUGGGAUAGUGUUAUUAUGGAUUGGACAGAUAUGUUAAAUAGUAAAAACUAUUUAACAGAUGGAGAAUCUAUUCAAGAAGAACCACUAAAUUUUAAAUUUGUUGAUUUUACUAUACAUCUGGCUGAUGAUUUACUUGCUAAAUGGAAUUUGACAACUUUGUUUAAUAAUACUUUAGAUGCGUCAGUUUUUCUUAAAA